AUGUUCGAGGCCUCGAAUACUGCUUUAUGCAUGACUAGAUACUCCUCCGUACAUGCUAUUCGAUUGCUAUCAUUCAGAGUCCACGAUUUUGCUAUAUCAAAGCCCCCUCUUAAACCAGAUAUCAGGGAGUCCACUAGUAUCCCUUCCCGACCCUCGCCCCAAAGUGCUAUCCUCGAAGUCAUCUCACUGGACAAAUUAAUGUCUAAUGAGGCCGCUACUGUCUCCAAGCUGUUAGCAGCUUGCACUGACACGGGGUUCUUCUACCUUGACUGUACUGACUGGAAAGAUGGCUUGUCAGCCAACCAAAUUAAACGUUUGUUUCAAACUUCUAAGGCUCUGUAUGAUCUAGCUCGCGAGGAGAAGAAUGUGUGGGUGGCUGACCAUAAUCACGCGGAGGAUAUGAUUGUUGGGUAUAAGGACGCAGGGAUGGGGUCAGGGCCCGUAGAAGGGAAGAAGGAUGGGUUUGAAGGGUUUAUGAUUUUUGAACACCCCUUGGGCUGUGUAUCAGAUCCCACCACUAUGGCCGCCCCCGGCCCGCUACAAGCAGAGGGCAGCCUCCUCCAAGCCAAUGUAUCUGUAUUACGUGACAUCGGCCUCUUAAUUCUUACCAGCCUGUCCCAAUCUCUGGACUUGACUGGAGAAUCUUCCUUCACAUCCACCCACCGAAAGGGGGAAGCAUCAACCACCGCCCUAGGGCUCCUUAAAUACCUCCCCUACGGCACAGCUGAAGACAUCGGGGUGGGACAUAUUGCGCAUACAGACGCGGGGAGCUUGUCGUUUGUGUUCACUGACGUGCCAGGGUUGCAAGUCGCAAUGCCGGGGACGGAUGAGUGGGCUUAUAUUACGCCGCGAGAAGGCCAUGCGAUUGUGAAUGUGGGAGACUCGUUGCAGUUCCUUUCCAGGGGCAGACUGAGGUCGAGUUUGCAUCGGGUGGUGCCGCACCCGGAUGCCCUCAACCGUACCAAGUAUACCAUCGUUUACCUCAUGCGCCCAGAGACCGAUGCAGCGUUUGUCGAUGGAGAUGGAAAGGAGUGGAAGAGUAAAAACUGGUAUCUCCAGAAAUUUGAGGUAUUUGGGAAGGAUGGAGUUGAUGAGAGCCAUAGCUCCGUCUUAACGGGACGGAAAGAUUAUGAUGGGCGUUGGAAUCCGUUGAUUGCGGCUGCAACGGUUUAA